AUGGAGCUUGACCUUGAUCUCUCUCUUUCACCUCAUACCAAUUCUUCAAAUUUCGGGUAUGGCUUCGACCUCAACAAGCAUUGUGGGAUUGAGGGCGUUGCGUCUUGUUUGAAUACUAAAAAAACUUGUUUUCGGUUGGAGAAUAUGGAUGAAGAUUGUUAUGUGCCAAAACCACGUUCGUUUUCUUUGAGUGGCCAGCCAGACGAGGAAGAUGACGAUCCUUUGGAAUCUGAGUACUCUUCUAUUGUUUACGAGAGGAACAACAUAUCUAAUCAACCGGCUACCAUUGAAAGUGGUACCUCAGCGAGAUCAUCAAUGUAUGUUAAGGUGAAGAUGGAUGGUGUGGCAAUAACAAGAAAAGUGGAUAUCAAGCUUUUCAACUCUUACGAGUCUCUCACAAACUACUUGAUCACCAUGUUUAGUCAGUACCAAGACUGUGAUAGAGAAGAUACAAACUAUAAAUUCACCUUCCAUGGGAAAGAGGGUGACUCGCUUUUACUAGGGGAUGUUCCAUGGAGGAUCUUUACUGAAUCUGUUCAUCGAAUAUCAAUAACUAGAGAUUGUCUGUGUCCAUAUACAAGACUUCUGUUUUAAAGAUUACAAAAAUCAAAGCGACUACUAUUUCUAUAACUAAAAUGUCUAUCUGGUUACAUUUCCACUCGAAUUAUGUCUCCUGUAUCCUCCUAGUAUCCACUUCAUUUGUUUAGUUAUUUUUUCAUCACUUAUCAAGAAUCAUGGCUGAACAUGCAUGGAAAGAUAAAGAAAUUU